AUGUACACUGGUGGAGGUGAUGAUGCUGAUGGUGGAACUGGUGGUAGUGAUGGUAGAGUUGGUACUGGUGAAGGUGGUGGUGAUGACAAUGAUGAUGGUGGUGGUGGUGGUGGUGAUGAAAGUGGACGUGGUGAUACUAGCACUAGUGAUGAUGGUGGUGGUGGUGAUACUAGCGUUGGUGCUGAUGGAGGUGGUGGUGGUGAUAGUGGACCUAGUACCGGUGAAGGUGGUGGUGGUCCUGGGGGGAUUGAUAAUACAAGCCGCCCCUGUGAUGAAAAUGGUGGUGCAAGCUCUAGUGGUGGUGGAGGUAGUACUGGUGAUAAUGGUGGAGGUGGUGAUACUAGCGCUAAUGCUAAUGGAGGUGGUGGUGGUGGUGAUAGCGGAGAAGAUACUGGUGAAGGUGGUGAUAAUGAUGGUGGAGGUGACAAUACUAGCGCUAGUGUUGAUGGAGGUGGUGGUGGUGAUAGUUGUACAUCAUGUCGCCUCCAACGACUUCCUACAUUAUGUGUUGGUGGUGGUGGUGGUGCUGCACGUCCACCAAUAUUCCGGUCUAAACCAUCUACCUCUCCGGCAACAUUGUAG